UCCGAAUAGUCGUCGAGACUCGCAGCCGUUGACCCGUUCGAUCACCAUCUCUUGGCCGAACAAGUCCGCGUCUCCCGCAUCACCCCGCGCUCCCUCUCUUUUGCCUGCGAAGAAGCAACCUAUUCCCUUGGUCAGGGCCCCUUAGUCGCAACAUCCGCCUAGUCAUGUCCGCCGCUGUCGCCCCCGCCCCGGCUUCCGCGCCGAAGAAGCUGGAGAAGAAGCCCAUCAAGUUCUCCAACUUGCUGCUGGGCGCUGGGCUCAACUUGUUUGAGGUCACCACCCUCGGUCAGCCCUUGGAGGUCACCAAGACCACCAUGGCGGCUCACCGCGGCGAUGGCUUCGCGGCAGCUCUGGGCCGCAUCUGGAACCGUGGUGGUAUCCUCGGCUUCUACCAGGGUCUGAUCCCCUGGGCGUGGAUCGAAGCGUCGACCAAGGGCGCCGUGCUGCUCUUCGUCGCCUCCGAGGCCGAGUACUAUGCCCGCCUUGCGGGCGCCAGCGAGUUCGGUGGCGGCAUCAUUGGCGGCAUGACUGGCGGUGUUGUUCAGGCCUACGCGACCAUGGGCUUUUGCACCUGCAUGAAGACGGUCGAGAUCACCAAGCACAAGGUGGCGGCCUCCGGUCAGAAGGUGCCCGGCACCUGGGCUACCUUCAUGGACAUCUACCGCCGCGAGGGCAUCCGCGGCAUCAACAAGGGCGUCAACGCCGUCGCUAUCCGCCAGAUGACCAACUGGGGCUCCCGCUUCGGCCUGAGCCGGCUCGCCGAGCAGGGCAUCCGCAAGAUCACGGGCAAGGAGCACGGCGAAAAGCUGAACGCGUUCGAGAAGAUCCUCGCCUCGGCCCUUGGCGGCGGUCUCUCGGCCUGGAACCAGCCGAUUGAGGUUAUUCGUGUCGAGAUGCAGAGCAAGAAGGAUGACCCCAACCGUCCCAAGAAGAUGACGGUCGGCAACACGUUCAAGUACAUUUACGAGACCAACGGCAUCAAGGGUCUGUACCGUGGUGUCACGCCCCGCAUUGGUUUGAGCGUCUGGCAGACGGUGUGCAUGGUUGCCCUGGGUGACAUGGCGAAGACGUAUGUCGAGAAGCUUACGGGAGAGAAGGUUACGGCAAAGCAUUAACCGGCGUUUCUGGCGCAACAUGGUCUGGAAGGACAUGAGUUCAACCUCCGGUUGGGAUAUACGGGCUGCGGUUUUUCAUUCGCUGGCGGGCUUUUUCCAGUGGGCAGGUUGGCAGGCUCUAUCUAUGCUAGACUUUCGUAAUACAGCAA